CAGACGCCGGGCCAGGCACGGCCACCGCGCAGCGAGAGCUCUCGGCGGCCACGAGAUCCCGAGGGUGGGGCUGGGCUCUGAGUAAGCGCCGGCGGCCCCACCCCGGAGGCCCCGCGUCCGGGACUGGCCCGCGAGAAAGCCCCUCCCCCGGGCGGAGACAGGUCCUAGAAGUCGACGCCGCGUCCCGCCGCCCGGCCAGUGCCCAGAGGCCGCCGCCGCCUCGCCGAGUUCCUGCGGCUGCCAGCGCGCGGAGUAUGGGGCUCUGAUGGCCAUGGAGGGCUACAGGGGCUUCCUGGGGCUGCUGGUGUCGGCGCUGCUCGUCGGCUUCCUGUCUGUGAUCUUCACCCUCAUCUGGGUCCUCCACUACCGGGAGGGGCUCGGCUGGGACGGGACCGCGCUCGAGUUUAACUGGCACCCGGUGCUCGUGGUCACCGGCUUCGUCUUCAUCCAGGGCAUCGCCAUCAUCGUAUACAGACUGCCAUGGACCUGGAAAUGCAGCAAACUCCUGAUGAAAUCCAUCCAUGCAGGGUUAAACGCUGUUGCUGCCAUUCUUGCAAUUAUUUCUCUGGUGGCCGUUUUUGAUUUCCACAAUGCCAGGAACAUCCCCAAUAUGUACAGUCUGCAUAGCUGGGUUGGACUGACAGCUGUCAUUCUCUACAUUUUACAGCUUCUCCUAGGUUUUUUUGUCUUUCUGCUUCCUUGGGCUCCACUUUCUCUCCGAGCACUUCUCAUGCCCAUACAUGUUUAUUCUGGACUUCUCAUCUUUGGAACAGUAAUUGCAACAGUACUUAUGGGAGUGACAGAGAAACUGAUUUUUGCCCUGAAAAAUCCUGCAUACAGUACAUUCCCACCAGAAGGUGUUUUCACAAAUACCCUCGGCCUUCUGAUUCUGGUGUUUGGGGCUCUCAUUUUUUGGAUAGUCACCAGACCACAAUGGAAACGUCCUAAAGAACCAAAUUCUGUCCUUCUUCAGCCAAAUGGAGGCUCUCCAGAGGGAGUGGAAGGUUCCAUGGCAAUGAACUUUGGCAACAUGGACAAAUCAGAUUCAGAGUUAAACAGUGAAGCAGCAGCGAGGAAAAGAAACGUCACCCUUGAUGAAGGUGGACAGAGAUCCACCAUGUAAAAUGGAGUAGAGAUGUAGUCAUAUAACUUCAAUUUAAGAAACUAGCUCUACAGUUUAGCUUCUGCUAUUUAGCCAUAAGAUAAUUGAGCUCCACAGAGUCAAUAUUUAUUCUAAUCAUAAAGUAGGAUUCCUUGAAAGCAUUUUAUUGAUUAAGGCCUAUGAGCUUACCUGAAUUGGAAGGGAGAUGAUCAAUGUAAAUAACAGUGGAUAUAAACUGUGGUUAUAUUACCUCUCUCUUGUUGAGGACCAAAGCAUUUAUCACAGCGCCUUGUAUAGAACACGUGAUCAAAAUGUGUCUAUCGGUUGGUAAAUUUGAUAAACUGGCAGCUGCCCUGGCCUCUUGUCAUGCAGUCAUUUUCUGUUAAUUCUGGGAGUUCAGUUGUAAAGUUUUGGAAUCAGAUCAUGAAUAUCAGGGAGAGGGUUAAUGCUACAGAGUAGAGCACAGAAAAACAUUUAGAGAAGUAACCGGUUCCCUUUUCCCUGUGCCUGUCCUUUGCUCCCUCCCCAGCUGGUUUGUCCUUAGAUUGGCCGUGGAAACCAGGGUUCAUAUUAGGGCAUUUUGGAGCAGUGAUGGGGCCAUAGGUAGCCAGAAGAUCUCCUGUGGUCAGACCUGGAAGUUUUUCCAAAACUAACUUAAUCCCAAGGCUUCCUUGGGUUUGGUGUACUUUAUGAUCCAGAUUCUAAACCUAAUUAGAAUGAGAAUAUGCCUGAAUGCUUAAGCAGUAUAAACUGCUCUACAAACCUCAAAGAGCACUUUUCCCCAAGUUUCUGGGUUUUUUAAACAUGGAACUUCCUAAGUGCCAGACACUAUUCUAAGCACUUUAUUUCAUUCAAUCCCCAGACAAAACUUUUGCAGAUAGGCACCAUUAAAAGCUCCAUUUUACAGAUGAGAGAUCUGGGGCUUGGAGAGGUUAAUAGCUUGCCCAAAGGUCACAUAGCUCAUAAGUGGUGACACUGAAAUUCGAAACCUGGCUGUUUGGCACCUCGGGUAUGUCCACGAUCCUAACCCCUUCACUAUGCCUUUUUUUCUGUUAUAUGCUAAUUUAUACCUGUCUUGACCCACCCCUGGAUAAACCUCUUUUGGUGGAAUGUAGUAGAGUUGUUAAAAUUUACUGUCUGGUUGUGUUCCCCAAAUAACCAAGGAAAAGGGCGUACCCUUACCUGGAAACUCAUCACAGGCACCCUGCCACUGCCAACAAGCCAUGGCUUACCUUGAUGCCCCUUGGAUCUUAAAAUUGGGUCUUGGUAACAAAGAAAGGUUUAGGCAAGAACUUCCAUAGCUUUCAAAGUUGAUCAGUUAUACUUUUUGUUCUCUAAGGUCUUAGCUGCUGAACAGCUUUGGGUUUGGAGAUAGGAGAGAUGGACUUCAUGGUCUGCCCUUCCCCAAGGGCAAAAGCUAGGGUCCUUCCUGAUUUGGGUGGAAUUUUAGGGGACAUUUUGUGCUUUGGGUUCUCAGUAGUGAAUUAAGACUCAGAGAUGAUGAUUUUCAUGCAUGACACCUCUGUCUAGGCUCUGGACUGACUUAAAACCUGGAGUGGAGCCUAUGCUGAAAUGUUGCUUUUCAUUUGGGGGUUGAUUUUUUGUUUCCCUGUAAUUUUAAACCAUAUAGUUUACACCAAAUAAACUUAAAAUUUUGGGUGCUUAGUGAAUUUUCUUUCAGGGUAACUGGCAAUUACUUCCAUAGACUGAGUACGAACUAUACUCCAUCACAUCCCUGAAGCUUCACGAUAACCACUCAAGAGUCCCUUACUAAAACUGUUUUCUUCUUACUAAUUCUAUUUCCAGAAAUGGCAAUAGUGUCACAAGGAUCCCCAGUGCCCAGCCCAAUGCCUGGCGUGUACUAGACACAUAAAUUCAGUAUAAGUAGAGCAGGCUACAAUUGGAGUGCUAAGUGGAAAGAGUAAUUGCAUCAUCACACACAAACAUAUUCUGGUAACCGGAUGUUUCAUUACAUAGAGCUGCCCAAAAUCCCAGGGUUUUUUAGGGGGGAGGGAUUAGUGACGGUGCCAAGAAUUGAAGCUGCCAUCCCCUUUCAUAUAGGCCAAGAAAGAGGUUAUUAGUGAAAAGUUAAUUGUGGAUUUGGCACUAGACUAUUCUGCUGCAUUGAGAAGUAUCUGAACACUUAUCAUCUAAGCCCUUUAUUUUAUCCCUCUUGUGGGCUAAUGUGAGGGUAAUCUUACAGAUAUCAUAGGAACUUCUUUUCUUUUUCUCAACCUUUAUGAAAACAAUGCAUAGUAAAAUAUAUCUAGAAAACCUUUCUCUUCUUUUAAUGGCCUUUUUAUUUUAAUGAUAAUCGUACCUUUAUCUUUCAAAAGCUGGUAUUUCCUGCCUAAAGCAUCUCCCCCCAAAAUAUCUCAUUUAAAAGCCCACAAAAAGAACAGGGGAAAAGAAAGCCUUAGGUAUCAAUUCCAAAACAGUGAUUGAAAUCUUCCCAAGUAAUUAUAGCUUACAUCAUCUGCAGGUAGUCUGGCUUGGCUUACCCCAUAAUCUAAUUUUAGAGAAAAAAAAAGCUUUAUUUUAACAUUCAUCUAAAUCAACACUAAAGCCUUUUGUCUUAAAGCGUUUAUUGAGAAACUCGAAUAUACUUUUUGAAUUAAUGUUAUCAAAAGUGUACAGCUUCCUGUGCUCCUUGUGUCAAACUGAAUCCACCCUCCAAAGUACCUUCUUCCCUUUCCUCUCGUGGUUUCAUUUAAACUGUGUGGAUUAGAAACAGCAUCUCAGACCUUAUGGUCAUAUGACAAAGAAGGUAAUGGCACUUUUUAAGGAAUAUUGACAAGUGACUCUGUUUUCUGAAGUACAAAAUAAAGAGGAUGUCUUGUUUUUAAUUAAGUUCUUUUCCCUGCUGAGUUGGAAAUUCCAACACAAUACUGGUUGACCACAACUGCCAAAUCUGAAAGCCUGAAGUAAAGCUUUUUGCUAAUUUUAUUGCAACAUGUUGGAAUUUUUAUCUUUGUAUGUCCUUUUUUAGAUAACUCUGACAGAAAACUGUAACUGCUAUGUCUUACAGCUACAGAUGGGAAAGUAUAGAAGAAAGAAAACUAUUCUUUAACCCCUACAAGGUACUUGAAAACUUUAAGGGGAAAAGAUUUCUAUGUUUAAAUUUACCUUUUUAUCUCAACACAUUUAUGUAAAAAUAUUAAAUAGCCUGAAUAUUUUAUAAUUUUGUAGAAAAAAUAUGCAUCUAUUUUUUCUUGAUUUGUUUUUAUGUAGUAAUAAAAGUUAUUUUGG